GACCGGAAGGAGUUGCCGGCCCUUCCGGCGUCCGGCGGCCCUGUGGUUGCCUCAGUGAUGUCGUGGGUUCAAGCUGCUUCUUUGGUCCAAGGUCCUGAAGAAGACGGGGACGUGUUUGACGAGGAAGCUGAUGAGUCGCUCCUGGUGCAGCGGGAAUGGCAGAGCCAUAUGCAGAGACGAGUCAAAGAAGGCUACAGAGAUGGAAUAGAUGCUGGCAAAGCAGUUACUCUUCAACAAGGCUUCAAUCAAGGUUAUAAGGAAGGUGCAGAAGUCAUCAUAAACUAUGGACAACUUAGAGGAACAUUGAGUGCUUUGCUCUCCUGGUGUCACCUUCAUGAUGAUAGUUCGGCUUUGGUCAGUAAAAUAAAUAAUCUUCUGGAUGCAGUUGGCCAGUGUGAAGAUUAUGUGCUCAGACAUCUGAGAUCAGUCACUUCACAGCCACAUGUUGUAGACUUAUUGGACUCCCUUCAGGAUAUGGACCUUUCUCAUGUAGCUCCAGCUGAGGAAAAGAUUGAUGAAGCUAAAGAUGAAAGAUUCUGUGAAAAUAAUGCUGAGUUUAACAAAAACUGUAGUAAGAAUCUUAGUCAGGUAGAUUGUUCAUCUUUAGAAUGUUGUAGAGCCCAGGAGCAUGAACGCCCUGAAAACCCAAGCCUCACUUGGAUUUUAGAACAGACAGCCAGUUUGGUAAAACAGCUGGGAGUAUCAAUAGACAUAUUACAACACCUCAAACAACUAUAAAAAUUACCUUCACUUUAAUAAUGGAAGCGAUGUCCAGAACAUUUUUAGAACAUUUUGUUUCUGAACAAGCUAACCAAAAUUUGCACUGGUUUCUACACUUCACUUGUAAGGGUAUCCCUUCAUGUAAUGUUGAAACAUCUUCAAAAUUAAUACUAUUAAAGGUAAUAUAAUCCUUCUUUCUUUGUCACUGGCAAUUUUUAUGUGGUUUAAGAUAUGCUCAAAAAUUCCAGUUGUCUUCAUUUUCAAAUUUCUGGGGACUCAUUACUAUAAGAAAUUAACAAGAAUCAGACUACAGUUGACCCUUGAACAACACGGGUUUUAAAAGUACCCACCCACCAUGCAGUAAAAAAAGCUGCGUACUACUAAUAGCUGGCCCUCCAUAUCUGCAGUUAUGAGUCUCAGAUUCAACCAGCCUCAGAUCAUAUAGUACUGUAAUAUUUACUAUUGAAAAAGGUCCAAGUGUAAGUGGACCCUCAGGGUUCAAACCCAUGUGUCCAAGCAUCAACUGUUAUUUUGUAAGGACUUAGCCCUACUUUCUGCUCCUGUCACAUUGUCUUAUGAUUAGGACCUCGUCAACUAAUCAGACCAAAGUUACAAAAGAUAACCUAAAGGCUAAAGUUGUAAAUAGACACAUACAUAUAUAUAUAUAUAUAUGUAGAUGUAUUAUAUUUGAAAUUAAGAGGCUAAUAAGUGUAAAGCUAAAGACAUGUUUAUACUGAUAAUUAAAAACAAUUCUAAAGUUUGCUUUAGUUUUUUUAUUUAAGUAUUACUGAUUUUUUGUUGAAGUGUAAUUUUUUUAUAAUGUUUCAGGUGCACAGCAAAGUGAUUCAGUUAUAUAUUUUUUUCCAUUAUAGGGUAUUACAAAAUAUUGAAUAUAGUUUUGUGUGCUGUAUAGUAGAUUCUUUGUAUCUAUUUUAUAUAUAGUAGUGUGUACACAUUAAUUUGAAACUCCCAAUUUAUCCCCACCUCCUUUCUCUUUUUAGUAACUAUAAGUUUGUUUUCUAUGUCUGUGAGUCUGUAUCUAUUUGUAUAAUUUUUUUAGAUUCCACGUAUAAGUGAUAUCAUAUAUUUGUUAAAGUUUGUUUCAGUUUUGUGAUGAUUAGAAGUAAGGACACAAUUCCAAGGAAAUACAGAAAAUACAUUUUAUGCUCAAGUACUUACCUAGCUUUUCCAAGUUUUAACCAGUUAGUAGUAUUGCUUGACAGUGUGCCAGAUUAUUCCUAAACUGCAGUUUAUAGUAAUAAAACAUUGACGCCACUGACUUCUUUAUUACCUUGUAGCAAUAGUCGUAGUCUAGCAUAGACAAAAUUAGAUUCAGAUUUUUGCUCUAGGACCUAAGCAUAUAAGAUCAGGAAAAAGUUUUCCAUCACUUUUUUGCCUGAAACACAAAUUUAUGUAACAAAUCCAACUUCAGAGACACCCAAAUGAUUGCCCCUCAUUGAUAGCCUUAACUUAUAUCUAUCAUCUACUCUAAAAGACAGUCUUUUCUGAUAAAAGAGGUAUUUCAGGAGAUCAAGAAAAUGUACUACUGCAAUCUUGAACUUCCUUAAAGUUCACCAAACAUUAUGAAAUUGAGGCAACAAAUUUGAAAUUAGAAAACCAUGAAGUGUUUAGAACUUACUAAAACAUAAUGAAGAUAAGUGACAUUUGAUAGCUGGUUUUUAAAAAGUAUCUGAUUUCAUCUCUCUAGAUGUAAAUAUUAUUAUUUCAGAGAUUUAGUAAUUUGCCUUGUUAUACAGAUACUAUUACCAUAUGUGUGAAUGCAGCAAAAAUCUCAAAUCCGCCUGGAAUAUUAUAAGCAGUCUCUAAAGUCUUAGAUAUGAAAUAUACCCAUCUUUAAUAAUAUAUCUCAAGAAAGUCACCCUGAACAAAAAUUUCAUGAGUGCAGCAAAUCUAGAGAUUUUAUCUGAGCUCACCCUGACAUUCCCUGAAGAUAACAACCUUUGGCGCCAUUGAAAAUAGGGUGUUUUGUGUAGAUGUUCACAGAAAAGGAAGCCAAGAGAAUUACGUGAGUUAAAUGAGGCUGUUAGAUUGAAAACAUCUCUUUUAAGGUUACAUUGCCUUUUGGAAAACACAAAAGUUCCUGAAAUGCAGAGGAAAAGUAAUGGAAUGCUCAUUUUAUACCUGUGUUUCCUGAGCCUCUGUACUAAAACCAGCAAGAAACCUUGCCUUGUGUGUUUUACCCUGCCUUGUAUAUUAUAGGCCUACCAAUUCUUGCCAUGAAAAGACCCUAGAUAAACAUAAAUGUAAAGCAAGAUUGUCCCAGAGCAGAUAGAGCCAAGAGUUUCAAGACCCAGGAUCCAGACAUUAGGCUUGGGUGGUGUGGUUUCCUUAAAAACAGAAUUUUCACCUUAAAUAAGUUAUUUCUAGAUACUGACAUACCUGGAGUUUUUUAUUUGUUGUUGGGUUUUUUUAAGCCCAUAAUACUAUUCUCUGACAGAGCUGUUGAAGCCACCAAAAUUUUUGUGAUACGCAGACAAGUGGACAGUGGGCAGCUGAAUUCACCUACCUCAUCCUUACCUCAUUUAUAUCCUUAGCACUGCUCAUUAACUGCUUUUGUGGUACACCAAAAUAAAAGCCUUGAACCAA